AUGAAAGUCGCAUUUGCAUUUUCAGUGCUCGUCACCUCCGUCACUGCCCAACUCAGAAUCGUCGGAGGCAAGGAAGCCGCCGUUGGCAAGCACUUGUACGUAACAGGACUUCGCUCCUCCGCCUCUGGAAUUACCACCUGCGGAGGCAGUUUGAUCGCCCCCAACGUCGUCUUGACCGCCGCCCAUUGCACGAAAGGACCUGUCAACUAUGUGGCGAUUGGAUCACACUACAACAGCGGCACCAUGGACGGUGAGCAGAUCAAGGUCAAACAAGCGAUCAAGCAUCCCAAGUACAACGGUGUGACCUACUCGAACGACUUUGCAGCGUUGAUUUUAGAGCGCGACUCCAAGUUUCCGGCCGUGGAAGUGUCCUUUGACACUGUGGCAGCCGGUACCCCCACGGUUGUGCGUGGCUGGGGCACCACGUCUACGGGCGGGUCUAUGUCCAAGGUCUUGAAGGAAGUCGGGGUGGAUAUGGUCAACCAAGAACAGUGCAAUAAGUGGAUGUCUAACCGCGUCGAGACCAACAUGUUGUGCUGCGGCGGCAAGGAGGGAGAAGAUUCGUGCCAAGGUGACUCUGGCGGACCCUUGACGGUGAAAAUCGGCGGUUCUGAAAAAUUAGUGGGGGUGGUCAGCUGGGGGCUUAAGUGUGCAGAGAAAAACAAGCCAGGCGUGUACAGCCGCAUCUCCAUGGCUCGCGACUUCAUUGAGCCGUACCUCAAGAACUCCCCCACCUCGGCUCCUGGUCCAACCAAACCUACCACCAUGCCUAGCGUGACCACGAAGAAGCCCACGACUGCCUACCCUGGUACCACCUUGGCCCCUUACCCGACCAGACCUACCACCAUGCCCAACGCGACCACGAAGAAGCCCACGACUGCCUACCCCAAGCCUAGUUGUGCCAAACCUACCACCAUGCCUAACAUCACCACGAAGAAGCCCACGACUGCCUCCCCUUAUACCACCUCGGCCCCUUGCCCGACCAAACCUACCACCAUGCCUAACAUGACCACGAUGAGGCCCACGACUGCCUACCCCAAGCCUGGUUGUGCGACGUGCGGCGUUUGCUACUAUGCUGGCGCCGACCACUGCUUGAAUGACUUCUCUAAGGACGACUGCGAAUACUACAUUGCUGAAUAUGGAACUUUGUGGUGUGGCAACUAG